ACAGGAUGUAUCGGUACCAGUUGAGACACACUCGUCUUCUCCCCAACUACUAUUGACAAGAUGAAGUCCAUCAUUUUGGUGUCUGUGCUGGUCGCAGUGGCCUUCGGCGCGCCCCAGGGCUCGACGGAGCCCGUCCCGAUAGUCCGCCAGGACAGCGAGGUGAACGGAGACGGCUCAUACUCGUACUCUUUCGAGACCGGCAACGGAAUCAGCGCUGACCAGAAAGGCGACUUGAAGAAGGUCGGUGAAGUCGAGGCUCUGGAGGUGCACGGCCAGUUCCAAUACCCUGGAGACAACGGAAACAUUCAGCUGACUUACACCGCCGACGAGAACGGCUACCAGCCCCAGGGAGCCCACCUUCCCACUGCCCCCCCGGUGCCUGAGGCCAUCCAGCGCGCAUUGGCCUACAUCGCCACUGCCCCCCCACAGCCUGAAAACCAACAAUAAUUUCGGGC